GCUAAUUCCGCCUUCACCUAUCUACUCAAUCAAAUCAACCAACCACUCAAUCAAUCAAAUUAAACUUGCGCGUUUGCUUAGCAGCCUGUAUUUCGUCCUAUCUCCUGAGAUUAGAAAUUAGCCUUUGAACCUGCUUGUUACCGACUACCAUGACCAACACUCAAGCUGUUCCGUCCCUUGCUCUCAGCGCUUCCAUGCGGUUGAGUCCUUUGAUCGAAGAAGAAACCAAAGCGGAUCGAAAAUAUCCGAUCCCGUCCUCGUGUCAGACUAAUCAGAGUGAGCUCCGCACUACUGAUUCUGAAGAUGAGGAAGAUGAUGAGGCCGACCGGGACACGGAUGAGGCUUCAAACUGGUCAACCUCCACCUCCUUAUCUAUUGGGGAAGGUAAGGUGAACGGUUUAGUCGUUGAAAGCUAUGACGAUCUCGUGUCGCCCGUAGAGGUCAAGGCCGAAAUCAAGAUCAGCAAAUGCGCAGAAAAGUUAAUCCUACAUAGUCGCCAGGCAAUUUCCGAGGUGAUUUCUGGAAAGGACGACAGACUGAUUGUUGUAGUGGGGCCAUGUUCCAUUCACAACGUUGAAGCGGCGCUUCAUUACGCUCGCGAAUUGAAGGCUGUCGAAAGCCAGUUUCCUAGCUUGAUACUCGUCAUGAGAACCUACUUCGAGAAACCACGAACUACUGUUGGUUGGAAGGGAUUGAUCAACGAUCCUGAUUUGGAUGGUAGCUUUCAGAUUGAACGCGGUAUCCGCACUGCUAGAAAGUUAAUGGCCGAGAUCACCCAUAUGGGCUUGCCGGUGGCGACCGAGUUGCUCGACACUAUCAGUCCCCAAUACCUCUCAGACUUGAUUUCUUGGGGAGCGAUUGGUGCCCGCACGACGGAAAGUCAGCUUCAUCGUGAGCUUACUUCGGCAACCGGCCAUCCGGUCGGAUUCAAGAACGGCACAGACGGGGGAGUGAAGGUGGCGAUGGACGCGAUGCAAUCGGCGCGUGCGAGCCAUGCAUUCAUGGGCGUCGGUCCACACGGACGGGCAAGCAUCGUCCGAAGCCGCGGAAAUAAUAACGUGCACGUCAUCCUACGUGGGGGAUCUAAGGGAACAAACUUCGACCCGGUCAGUGUUGGCGAGACUCGAUCGAGUCUGAUGAAGAUGCAGCCCACCUUCCAUCCUUCGCUCAUGAUCGACUGUUCUCAUGGAAAUUCCUCCAAGGAUUACAGAAAUCAACCCAAGGUAAUCAAAUCGAUCUGUGAGCAACUGUCGAACGGCAGCGACGAGGGUGCGAUUAGUGGAGUGAUGAUCGAAUCCAAUAUCCACGAAGGUCGCCAGGACAUUCCGAAGGAAGGCCCCAUCGGGUUAAAGUAUGGAGUCUCAAUCACGGACGCGUGUGUUAGCUUUGAGGAAACCGUCAAGAUGCUGCAGAGCUUAGAGGAAGCUGUCUUGCGACGUCGCGAGAUUUUGGGCUCCCGAAGAUCAAGCUUUGAGCUUUAAGAAAACUUAUAUUUCAAAGUGAAAAGAGUUUAAAAAAGUAUAAAUUAAUAUGUACCAAUAAUCAAGUAAAGAAUCACCUCUUAUCGAUCAUCUGUACUACGAUCUAUAAAAAAGAUUUUAGAAAUUUCCUGCUGUCUCUGUAUGAUCUAUGUAAUUUUUAGCCUGGCUGGAAAACAGUCCGAUCUUCGACUCUUGC